CAUUUAUUCUGUCACGGCUACAAUAUUAUAUAAAUAAUAUCAGAAUACCUGUAGAAUAAGGAUUUUGAUUGAUCACAAGACCAAACUACUUAACCUAACCUUACUAGUUACUGUACUGCAUUACACGGUAUAAGUUAUAAAUAAUUCGCCAUUCGUUCAGAGUUCUUACCUAGGAAAAAAAACUACCAAAAAUUGUGGUUUCUGUUGUUAAAUUAAAACUAUUUACAAUAAUGGACAAGUCAACCAGUAUUGAUAAUACAACUUUAUUGAGAGAUUUCAAUGAAGCUCAACCUAAUCAAGAGUGGUCUCCUUUUGUAUGCUAUGGACCUUCACAUUUGCCUAUGUUCAAAGUUUCGUUAUAUUUAAAUGGUUCUCUGUUUGAUGGUUGUGGCUCUUCAAAGAAAAGAGCAAAAAUAAAUGCAAUAAUGAAUUACAAAUCGUCAUCCAUGAAUUAUAACGCUAAUUCUAAGACCAAUAAUACUAUAGAGAGUGAUAAAGCGGUUCUCAAAAAAAAACAUACAGACAAUUUGAUGGAAAACCUGCCUUCAAAAAAAUGUUCAAUAGAAUCUCAAGAUGAUGUACAUCAAACAUCAGCUAUACCAGUAUUUAAGAGACAAUGUACAGAUGAUUCUAUUGAAAACUCACUUUCAAAAAAACUUGCAAUUGAUUCCCAAGUUGCUGUACAUCAAAUAUCAGCAGUAUCUAUCCUAAAUGAAAUAUUUCCUAGACAAACCUUGACGUAUGAACAUGAACAGUCUCAGGGUCUAAUGAAAACAAUUAGUGUCAUUGUUUCUGGUAAUAAAUAUAUAGGUUAUGGGAAAAAUAAAAAAGAAGCAAAAGAAAUUGCAUGUCGUAAUGCUUUAAAAUCUUUGUACGAGUCACAGCCAAUAGAUAAUAUUAAAUACAAAAACCAAAUAGAAAUGUUGCUCACUGAUUAUGGUGAUUCUAAAAUUAUUGAUCAUUUUGCUGGAAUCACAGAUAAAAUAUAUCAAAAAUUAGAAUUUAUUGAAAAUAAAUUUAAAGAAUACUCAGUUAUAGCGAGUAUUAUCAAAAUGACCAAAGAAGAUUUGAACUCGGCACAAGUAAUUUGUUUGGCUACUGGUACAAAAUGUUUAUCUGGUAAUUAUUUGAGCCUAAUUGGUGAAUCUUUACAUGACUGUCAUGCAGAAAUAUUGACUCGUAGAUGCCUAAUGAAAUACUUUUAUAAUGAACUCAUGGAAUCGGUAAAAGGCCAACCUUCUAUAUUUAUCUCAGAUGAUAACAAAUCUAAGUUCAAAUUAGCAAAAGAUAUUACAUUUCAUUUAUACAUAAACACUGUUCCUUGUGGUGAAGCUAGAGUUUAUAGCUUCUCUGACUCAAACCACCAGUUAAAUCGAUUAAAUCGUGGUUCUCUUCGAUCAAAAAUAGAAAAUGGUGCUGGCACUGUAUCUGUAUUUGGUCGAGAAUAUCAAACAUACGAUGGAGUUUCUCAGGGUGAACGUCUUAUUACUAUGUCAUGUUCAGACAAACUAACACGUUGGACUGUACUUGGACUUCAAGGAAAUUUAUUAUCAAAUUUUGUUGAACCUAUUUAUUUAGAAUCAAUAUCAAUCGGAAGUAUGUUCAAUAUAAAUCAUAUGAAGCGAACAAUUUAUGGUCGUGUUGAGAACAGCAUUAAUAAAUUACCACAAGAUUAUAAAGUACAAAAACCUCAACUCCGUGGUUAUAGUAUACUUCCCCGUAGAUCUACUACACAAUCACCUCACUGCAUAAAUUGGAUUAUAAACGAAGGAAUUGAAAUUAUUAAAGGAAGUUUAGGUAGAACAAUUGAAAACAAGUUAUCCAGAGUAUGUAAAACCUCAUUGGCUAAUGAAUAUAUUAAACUGUGUAUUGCUACAAAUACUUUAUCAACUGUUAUUGAAAAUGAAACAAAUAUAUUUUAUGAUUCAUUGAAAAAUAAAAAUAAAAAUUAUGUAGCUGCUAAAAAUGAAUUAAUAUCAACAUUUAAGUCAUUAAAUUUAGGAACUUGGGUACACAAACCCGAAGAACUUAAAAGCUUUGAAAUACAUGUUGUUAAUGCAAGUAAUAAUAUUAUAAAUAAUCAUAACAAUCAGAGCUGUUAAACAUUGUUAAAUACUUAUGCACUUUGUUGUUAUAUAUAUACAAAUACAAAUAUGAACAUUUGACAAAAUAGAUUAUUAAUUUAACUAGUUACGUUUGGAUUUUCAUAUCUUUAAGCACACUUUUUUUUUUAUCAUCUCAAUAACAUUCACAAAUUUGACUUUUAAGUUUUGACUGUAGUUUUUAGUCUAGGAAACAAAUAGAAGUUAUAGGGUAAGAUAAUCAAGUGAAUAUAGGCAGAUAAGUUGGUAAGGGGUGUGAGUGAGGCAUCACUAUCGAG